CCAUAGGCUCAUCGGGACCAGCACUGGAGAAAGCGCUGCCAACACUGCUCUGUGUGAUGGAGGACUGGCCUCUGCACAGAAUGUGCACCUCCGAUGGGGACAACAAGGACCUUUUUGCCCUGGCUGCAACUCUGGUGAUCUGGGUGAUUGUGCCUGAGUGCAACAAGGCCAUGAUCCCUUAUUCUGGGCAACUGUUUGUGGCUCUGCUCUCCCAUGUUGUCAUCACCACACAGCAGAUGCCACCAGAGGAAGUUGAUAACUUCUGGAGUGCAUGCCAGGCGAAACACCGCCUUCCCUAUGAGCCCAACAGGUUUGCAGUGCAGGCCAUGAAGGCUCUGCUCUACCGACUGCAGUGUGACCAUGUGGUGGUGGCUAUGGAGCGCAAGGGGUGCUGGGACAUGAUGCUGUGUGCUCACACCCAGCACUAUGCCGUGGGUCUGCUGGCCAGGGAGAUGCUCCGUGUUUUGAUCCCUUUAUGUUCUCGCAUCACACUCCACUUGCUCCGGCAGCUCAGCAGGGAGGAGCCGUGCUGGGAUCUUCCCUUCCUGGCAUUCCUUGUGGAGGUCCUCGAGCGCCUGGACAUGAGUAAAUGUGGUGGCAACGUCAUGAAGAUCAUGUCAAGGUACCUCCAGAGUGAAUGCAGUCAGAGGCGUCGCCUGGCGCUCAGAGGCCUCGUGGUGCCCAGCAAGGAUCCCUCGAUGGCCAGAAGAAUGUACAGCGUGUCUCAAAGCCUUCUGGGGCUGCUGGGGGAUGAAGAUAGAGAGGUGGUCAGCAUGAGCCUCCAUGUGUUCACAAAUGUGCUCCAGCACAAAGACAUCCUGGUAUCCAGCACCACUGCCCCGAAGCUGGCUGAGGCUCUCCUGCUGCUCUUUGACCACGACAAUAGCCAUGUGCAGUUGCUCUCCAUUCAACUCUUCUGUAAGGUGAUGGACUUGGUAGUGGAUGAGGGAAAAAAGUCCCUGGAGACAAUUGUGAACAAGAGCCUGGACACACUUUUCAUCUACUGUCAUGAUGAGAACUGGCAUGUGGCAAAGGCCUCUCGGGAAACGCUGCAUUGUGCAGCCAAGUUUCUGAAGAGGAGAAAUCUCAUGCAGCUGCUGGAGAAAGAGCAUCUGUGGAAGUUUGCUGAGGUCCUGCUGGCAGAGGACAGGAGCCGAGCGGCCGAGCACCUGCGCCGGGCCCAGCCCUACCUGCAGAGCCCACAGGAGCCCCUGCGAGAGGUGGCCGUCAGGUUCAUGGGGAUGGCCGAGCGCAGCUCGAGGGGGCAGCAGGGAAAGCUCCAUGCCCUCAGUCAGGCCCUUCAAGCCCUGUGGAGAGAUGACAGUGCUUCCCAGACAAACAUAGUAGUUCAUGAUACAUUCAGUGAAAGAGCUGCAGAAGUGGCUCAGAGGAACCAGUGUCUGCAUCAGGCCUCCAAAUGCCAUGGAAGAUGAGACUACCUUGAGACCAGAAGAGACCAGCUGGAGCUCCAGGCACAGCUGAUGAUUGGCACAGCUGACCCUGUGGGAAACCUGCAGGGCUUCAGCCCUCUCCCUGCUUAUAGAUAGCUCCUUCCCUCCAGCCCCCAGACACUGCCCAUCCCCUUUUUUCCCCUCCACUCUCCCUCCCUGUUGACAGCUCUUUCCCUCUAGCCCUAAGAUCCUGCCAAUCCCAUUUUUCCCUCCCACCCCAUCCCUUUGGUUUGUCUUCUAUUAAUAAACAGUUUGGCUUUUUCA